UUUGCGGUUGUUUCAUUCUACGUGUCAGUCCAAUGUCCAUCUUGCGUUUCCCCAGACGGUCCAUACGGCGUGUUCGCCGGCAGGGACGCGUCCCGAGGCCUGGCCACCUUCUGCCUGGGUCAGGAGGCCCUGAAAGACGAGCACGACGACUUGUCCGACCUGAGCGCCGCGCAGCAGGAGAGCCUCUCCGAGUGGGAGGCGCAGUUCACGUUUAAAUACGACUACAUCGGCAAGCUGCUGAAGCCCGGCGAGGAGCCGACGGAGUACACAGACGACGAGGAAGGGAAGGACAAGAAAGCAGACUAAAGAAUGCCACGCGCAUGAUAGCGGGGUGGAAAAGGACGCGGAUGCCUUCAUGCUAAAUCUUCUGUGUUGUGAAUGGGAUAAUGUUGAGCGGCGCCAAGGUUACCUUAGGUUGCGUCAACGCGACCUUGUCUUUCUGCUGCCUCGAGGUGUCAUCAGCUUCGAGCGAUUACAAAUCAUUGUUUUGCAACCCUGGAUGUCAUCCAAAACGUAACGCUCAAAUAAGUACGUAUGUUUGUGUUGAUUAAGGCAGCACAGGUGGGUUGGGGGUGGCCUUCCAGAAAGAAGGGGGGGGGG